AUGGAUGUUCUGUGCAUGUCUGAAGGGAGCACUAAGCUUUAUGUGCACAGUCUUCCAUCUGAUCUGGAACCUCAAUGGUUCAGGGUUCUAGACUGCCUGGAAGACAGUAGCCAGGAAGGAUCCUUCUCUUCAGAUAUCUGUGCGCAAGGGAGAAGAGCUCAGCCAGCACCAUUCCUAAUGCGCAUGUUCUCUUACACUAUAAAUAUAAAGCCCAAAGAGGGUAUGUGUGAAUACUGUUACCACCUGCCGGACUUGGAAACAGGCAGUGGUCAUGGGAAAGGUAAGAUGAAUCAGAGGAAAUUUUAAGAAACCUACGCACUGCAACUUUUACCUCCAAAUCUUUACUUGAAUAUUCUUUUAUGAGAAGUGGGAUUGGGGGGGGGGGAGCUACCUCAAGAACAAUUUUAAAAAGGAUAUUGUUCUCUACGUAUUAAUUUCAUUUUGCAAAUUUCCAGACUCUUCCGUGCUGCUGUAUUUUAUUGGUAUGUCCUGUUGAAUGGAAGUUUUGUAGAUACAUGUAAAAAUAAAAAUAAAGUUUAAAUAGAAUAUUCAGAAAAAGUUUUGACUGAGCAACAAAGUGAUUCAGUUUCCCAAAAAUGCACUGCUAUCAUUGUGGGUUGUGGGCAUGUUAUUUAUGUAUGUACUGUAUGUUUGCAUGCAUGCAUGCAUGUAUAGAUAGAUUACAGCCCCUGCUUCCUCAACCAUUCAGUUACAUAAAACAGUCUUAAUCUCUUUGUCAUCUUUUGCUGUCAUUUCUAUUGACGUAAGAGACUAUUAAGUAGAGCGAGAUGCAGCGUUUAGAGAUGCUGCCUCUGGAACUAAGUGGUUUCACUGGAAAUAGAUGCCUCCCUCUCUCCCCUGAUGGGAGAACCUAUUUAUGGUGCAAGCGGACAGCUUGGAGCUUCAUAUAAACACUGCUGUGAACUUCCAGCUUGCCAUUUCGGAAUGAAUAACAAAUACCUGAAAGCAAACAGCCAAGUAUUGCCUGCCAUUUCUUUUCAUAGACUUGAAAAGGCUGAAUGUCAUUAGGCCACCCCACCUCACACACACACACUCCCCAACACACAAAUAUCCCUUCAAGAUCACUCUCAGCAAAGAAGGACAAUAUAUAGUUAUUUAUUAACAUUUAUUAGGUGUCUCGUUACAAACACCCUAGGCCACAUACAAUCAAUUAAAUAUAAAACUAAAAACAUAACCAUAAAUGCAAUCAAUUCAUUUGUGAGUAUGGAGUAUAGUUCUCCACACACCCUUUUUUUAUUUUAGCAUUAUUUCUUCCAACAGGUUUCAGGGGCAACAUGAUAAAUGAAACAUUCUGACACAUGUUUCCUAUGCACAGUUGUUGUUUUUUAAAUGCCAUCAGUUUUUUUCAUGGCCUCACAAACCCUACCCACAAACACAGUGCUCCCCUCCUUGUUUGCGCUCAAGUAUCACCCAUUGCAGAUUUAACAUUACCGCCCCUCCCAUCCUAAAUCCCUUUGUUUUGGAAGCUGUUGGGUUUUUCUUACAAGGAAAGGGGAGCCCCUAGCGGCUUGAAUCUUAAGUUGCUAAAGCAAAGGCAAACUGCAAUUGCUGUUUCUGACUUCUUCCCUCUCUGAAUGAAAACAAGAAAAGAUAACAUCCAGGAGUUUGGGGCACCCUCGGUCAGUUAUCCUGCCAUGCGCAUCCAACAAGCUCAGACGACUUCAGCCUCAAUCCCUCCUGCUCUUUAAGAUGCACAUUCCCUAGGUUCAGUGGCAUAGCAUGCAAAAUGGUUAGGGGUGCAGAAUUUCAACACCCGGUACUCGCUUCCAUUGCUGAGCUCCAUUGAAAAUGUGAACCAGGAAGUGACCUCUCUAGAAAACAGAAUGACUUUUCUUAUCUUUGUGGCUGUGAUCUCUGAGUGACACUGACACUGUUAGGCUGCAUACCACAUCCAUUUCCUUCCCCCCCCCCUCUCCUCUGUGUGGCCGUGGCAACCCACACUACGCCCCUGCCUAGGUUUGGAAAAUCUUACAGCAGAGAUGAGAAACCAAAUAUUGUUUGACUCCAAAGGUGAGAGGAACUGUGGUCUAACAACAUUCAUGGCUGGAGAUCAAGCGCCAUAAUCAAGACAUCCCUAUCUAGGUAGAGGAGUUCACACUUGUGGAACCUAUUCUCUCAGGGCAGGGUGCGGCAGACAGAUUUCAAACAGAGAGGUCACUUUAAAACAUGGACUCACAUACACGCAUGCCUUGGGGGGGGCACAAUUUAUUCUCUUUGUCGAUGAAAGGUGAUUAAAAUUAGGUAAGGCCCACUGGGAGUCAAAUACAAUUGUUUUGACCCAUUGUCAACCAGUUAGGUACCACUGGAUAGACCCUCCAUCAUCAGAAACAGGAAAGUAGCCUGCAACAUUGGCAAGCCUGUCUAAAGAAGAAGAGAAGCAAUAUUACAUAGUCAGUUUUGGAAAUAUAUGAAAUGUUAAGAGAUGCAUUGAUAAAAGUUGGGGGUGCCAAGAGUUGUGGCUCCAGAUACUGCUUGUGGGUUUGGAUAGAUUGGCACCUGUGGCAUUCGUAUGGAGCCCCCGGUCGUCUCAUGGACUAUUGACCCAUACACCAUUAAUCCACUGCCACCAACUAGGUCCUCCCCAGUAAAUCACUUAGUCUCAGUCAGAUUCUCAAGUUAACAAAGAAGAGUGUAGUUUAUUGCAGACAAAACAAACUUUAACUGCAUUCCAAACGUUGUUACUCUUUACCUUCUUAGUCUUAUUUUAUUCUGUCUUUAUCUCUUCUACCUCCCCUUGAUAGGCCUGCCUGCCACAUACCCAAUAUACACUUACUAGGAGGGCAAGGGUUAACACCCUCACACAAGAACCAACUGCACUAACUGUCUCUCUAUUUCCAACUGCCUUCCAACUGCUUUUCCAACUGCCUUUCCCAACCAACCAGCCAACCCACUAAAACCAACCAACUGCCCACACCCAAACCUUGGGCUAAGCCCUUUUAUAAACAGGUAGGCUCUGCCUCUGGCUUUCCUAUUGGUCUACAUUUUAACUCUUCCUCUCCCCCCUGUACAGACAUUUUCAAACAGACGGGCAAACGCCACAUCACCAUUUCCCCCCCGGUGGUAUUCAUUGCAUGGAUGUAGCCAGAGGGCGGGGGGGCAGGUGCCCCCCAAAUCAAGUAAAUAAAUAAAAAGACUUAACUUAAAGUAGAAAUAAUCAUAAUAUUUGAAACUGAAAUGUUCGCUGAGGUCACUUGGAUGAUGGCAUGGUGCAUUCUAGCGACGCAACUGGCAAACUGCCUGAGCGAUAGGCGUGGCUUCUGCAAACUGAUCAAUCACGUUCCAGGUAGCUCAGUCCUAGCUCCCCCCACCCCAAAAAAUAUCCUGGCUACACCCAUGAUUCAUUGUUUAUAGACAGUUCGAUUUGGCUCAUUCUACUUUGAUGGCUUUGUACACAUUAUUGGCUUAAAACAUAGGUAGGUCGUUGUUUCUUUCGAUUCAGAUCAAAGCUGGUUUGGGGGAGGGGGACGUAUCAAAAGGCAGGAUUUCAUAAGAAAAGGCAGGAGAGAUACAGGAUAAGUGGCUAAUGUUGUGUGUACAGCGCUUCUCUAACUGGCGGUAGGAGUGAAUUGGAGGCGGAGUAAACAGAAAUGCACGUCUCAGAGGUGGCGAUGGGUUGAGUUUAGCUAUGCUGCUUCAAAUUACUCUAAUCAAUACCAAGCACCUGUAAGUGCACUUGAAAUGAUUUUGAAGCAAAAUAUUUAUCAUGCACUUACUGGGGGGGGUGGGAGGCUUCUGGAGCCCUAAUCCUAGAUGGCUGAUGAUAUUUACAGAGCUAACAGGUGUCUUCUUUUUCAGCUGAAAUGGGAAAAACACACAGAGAGGCCAGCGUUGGGAUUAGAAAAUAGAACAAUUUGCUUCUUUACCUUCUUUCACUUUGGCACAGAGCAGAGCACAGAUUAACUCCUUACAGUCCAGGAUGGUAAAAAGACUGGCGUAAUAAAUAUGAUCGUGUUCAUUUGGUUGUGAAGACAUUUGUGGCUGCAAAACCAGGCUGGACUUUUACAAACUAAGUUUAGAGGGAAGGGCUUUCAAGUCUGCAAUGUGUCUGUAGGAAGAGGAAACUUGUGGCUCUCUGUGGCAAGACUACAUUCCCAGCACCAGAGAGUGCUGUGAUGUUCAGAAAAGGCUGGUUUGAUGUGCCACAUUACUUUUUCAACAGCAGUUUUCUUUCUGCAUCUUAAUAGAAAAUCCCUGUGCUUGAAAUGAGAUGAGUAAUUGGUGUUAAACCCGAGAAAUAAAAAUGUAAAUAAUCCCCUAUUAUGACUCUUACAAUAACAGAACAUGACAUUGGGG